CAUAAAGACUGUAUGGGGAUUUGAAAAGCUUCAAUAGAGAAAGAGAAUGUUGAUGAUAUUUAUCGGAAAACACACUGUAGAUGAGUAUCAUUUUUUUUUGUUGGUAGUACGUGGGAGUGUAUACGGAUGAACACCUUAUAAACGACAUCUGUAUUAUUGUAAUAUUGGUUUAAGAUAUUAUACAAUUUAAUGUACAAACACAUAUAAUAUCGAUACAGUUACUACGAUGAUUAUCUGUAAUUCAUUCUUAUGAUUAUGGAAAUGGGUGUGGUACUUUUGACAGCCGAAGUAUUAAACCGGAAUACAGUGAAAUGAAUUGUUUAAAUCAUAAUGGGAUGAUAGCGUACCUGGUUUAAGAAUCAAUUUGGGAAGUUUAUGCGUGGAUUCUGGAGCUGACGUUGUUUUGAAAAAAAUGGGAAAUAAAAUAGUGAGCAGUGAUUUGGAUUUAUCACGUAGAAACGAACAGUUGAAUACUUGCUUGACGCCAGAGCAAAUAAAGCUUGUACAGUCCUCGUGGAAACUGAUUUCUUCUGAUCUUCCUAGACUUGGACUUAUCAUUUUCAUAAGAUUCUUCGAGACGGAGCCUAGUAUGAAGUCACUGUUUCCAAAAAUAGUACAGAUGAACCAAGACAAUAAAUUAGAGUGUAAUAUUGAUCGUGAUAUGCUUCAAAAACAUGCAGUAACUGUGUUAGAAGGACUAGGUGCAGCUGUAGAAAGUCUUGAUGAUUCUCAUUUUCUCAACGGUGUCCUUAUUGCAAUAGGACAGACACACGUACAACGAGAGGUUAAACCACAUAUGCUCAAGAAACUUUGGCCAUCCUUGCAUUACGGAUUACAGCAGGUUCUUAAGGAACACUAUACCAAACAAGUGUCAGAAGCCUGGAAGAAAGUGUUUGAUUAUAUUUGUGCAUAUAUGAAACUUGGUAUGGAGAAUCCGGAUAUGGACGUUGACAAUCAGGCAGAUAUAGUACGGAGAGCUUAGUGAAGAGCAUUUGAUUCAAAAUUUGAGUGGCAACAAAACAAAUAAGGCGCCAUUUAAAGUCUGUGAAUAAUUCUUUCUGAAUAUAGUGCAUAUUUGCCGAUGUAUUUGGAAGAGCAUGAUGCCGGGCAUGGUUUAAAGAACAAUUCAGUACAAAGCCAAAUGCAAUGAGAAAUGUGUUCUGUUGUUCUAUUUUCAAGGGCUUUUUAAGAAUUUUUGUAUAUAACACAUACUUCAUGAUUGCAAUAAUAGAAAAUUAAGUGGUAUAUAGAAUUACGAAAUAUUAUCUGAAACAAAAUGUAAUAGUCACCUCGAUAUCUAUAUAUAUCUUAAACGUAAGUAUUUUUUAAGAUGUGUGACUAAGAAUCACUCCGGUUUCUAGGUAGCUUGCACGAUGAUUUAGCUGAAAGACGCCACAUACAACGUUAAAAUGUUAUGGCAGUUUUAAUCUGUCUGACAUAUGUUGCAAAGAUAUGGCUUGUGUUGGACAGAGAUAUAUAAAUUAACACCUGAUUAAAUGAAGCAUUGACAAUGCUACUUUAAAUGGAUGUUUUAUACGUCUUUAUAAAAUAUUUAAGAUCCUUUAGAAGUCUAAAAUACAACCAUGCAAAACUCUCUUAUAUAGACAACUGUAUGAACACAAUGAACAAAAAAGGCCCAGAAAUAAUACAAAUAUAGACAUUAAGUUUGGACGACUUUUAAUGGCACUAAAAUUCUGCAAUUAUGAAAGUUAUUCAAAUCUAUAAGACUGGAAACAGUCAAGCAAGUAAAUAGCAUAUACAGUUUGUUUGAGACCGUUCUAAGAGGUAAUGAAAUGUGAAGCACCACUCAUGCCCGCUAUACACCGAUAUGUAAGGGGUAUUCCGAAACAUAUGACAAUGGACUCAUUACUUUAUUAUAAAUGAUCGGGAUCAUGUGCGAGAUACAUCAAUAUAAAGGGUGGUUUUAAUCCUUUUUAUAAAACACUAUAAUGUGACUUUCACAGUUGGCGAAAAGGCAAAUGCAUUUGAUCAUACACUGCUGUUGGUAUCUAUACUUAAUCAAAAUGUACAACAUAGAGAUGAAUAUCAUCAUGAUAUGUCAGUAUAAAGAACAACAUCAUACCUUUCUUUUGUAGCUAGUACAUGUCUUCAAUUAGUUAUAAUUAACAAAGUUAUGAGGCUAGUAUCAUUACUUCAAACUCACCUCUUGUAAACUUACUUAUUUUGUACGGAGAGAUUUUCUGGACUACAUGAUCCCAGUUUUGCAUCAGAAAAAUAACAACACAGUGUUCAAUUACGGGACGUUGGUCAAUUCAAGUUGUUGUUGUUUUUUUUUUGGCCAUAAGAUAUCUAUGUGCAUCUGAUAACCUCUAACACCUCUGCACAAAUCUGUAAAAUUAAAACAUGAAAGAAAUAACACCGCCUUUUUAAAAAUGUAAUGUGUUCAAAUGUUAAGCAAUCAGUUAAAUGUUAAAGGAAACAUGACUGUAAAAUUUAAUAUGUAUAUACAUGGCUCUUUUCACAUCGAAAAUCAUACACCUUACUCGUUAAAAAAAGUUUUUACCUGGGAAAUGUAGUAAAACCACGCACUUCAGCAAAACCAUGACUAUUAAGGACGAAAGCAUGUCAUACAUCAAUGAACCAUUUGGCCUUUACAUAUUAUCUGUAUAGUUUUGUAAUUUUUAUUACGGCAUGCCGAUUCCGCCUGAAAAAAACAAAACACUUUUUUCUCGGUGUAAUAUAUAAGUCAAUUGUAUAUGUUACUUUUGUAUGGUUGACGUUUUGCAGUGAUGCAAAGUGCAUUACUGUGUAAUUUAUCCUUUCAUAUUUGAUAUAUGAGGGGCGGUAAAAACGUUCCAGAAAAAGUGCUCUGUAGUGUUUGUUUUGUAACGAGGAAUGAUAAAAUUUGACUGAUUCAUAAAAGAGAACUCAAAGAAUUAAUACACAAAACCACCGAAUGAUUGACAAACAGUAAUAAUAACGUUACUACGAGAACUGUUUUAAGGUCAUUAGUGGAAAAAUCUUUUCAAUAUAUACCUGUAAAUUUCCUGCAUGAAAUACAGCCUUUUUAUCACUACUGAUUACAGAACUCUGUAUUCAACGCCCAUCAGAUACGAAACAAAUAUUCAGUGGUAGGAUUACUUUAGUUGUCACGUCAAAUAUGACGUCAGACGUGACGUAAACACGGUGUCCGACGUUUCAUGCGUCAAAGAGUUCACUUUUUUAUCUUUAUUUUUCUAAAAAAUAGUCAGUUUUGGCUGAUUUAAUUCUAUAAACAGGUAUUUGUAUAUAUUUUUAAGUAAUGGGUUAUUAAAGCACUACCUUGAUCUGCAAUGUUCGGUGGACUCACGUGAAUUUUGCAAGAGCGGAUUAGACUUCAAGUGCCACUUUAGCUGCUCGUGGGAUUUAGGCCUGGCAAACUCACUCGAACCGAAUUUUAUAUUGUAGAUCAAAGUACUAUAAUAAUGACUCUAUUAUAUUUGAACGUAUGAUCUGUAUCGAAAUGACACUUUUACAUAUAACAAGCCGUGAAAAUAAUGAAAAUCUGUCUGUCGCGUAGAUUGUUUACGACAUUCCUCACUACUAUGUAAUAAAGUAAACCUAUAUUUUAACUGCUUUGAUUAGAUAAAUGGACAAGUGAUCAAUAUCAUGAAUAAUUACAGUGUAAAUAUUCCUGUUCCAAUGCCAUAAUCAGUUCUUGUUCCAUUGCCAUAAUCAUUAUCAAUGCGUUUGUUUAUAUAGAUAAGAAAAGAAUGUAUAAAAUAUUUCAUAUUUCAUGUUCAUGGUUAUAUUGUGGUUAACAUUUUUUGCAGAGAUAAAAUCUUCUAAGAAAUAAAGAAAUAAAUCAU